GUCAUCAAUAAUCGACAACGAACUUGACUGUUGAAUGUUGCAUGUUUUUAGAAAUGGAUGUUAAAAGUUAUUCUGAAAACAAAAAAUGAUUUACAGCAGGGUGUUGCAUUUCCACAAACACGUCAUUAAUUGCAGGAAAGUGAAGGCAGCCAUCAGGUGUGAUGAGCACAUCGUCAUCGCUGCAGCAUGCAGAAAACAUUCCUUUCGUUUCAAGUCUUCAGGUCCUGCUGGGCAGUCUGCGCAGGAGAGACAAAGGCAGCACAUGGCACGAGGACUUCCUAAACAGAAACCUAUACUAGGGGUGAAGCAGGUCGUGGUAGUCGCAUCAGGCAAAGGGGGUGUUGGGAAAUCCACCACAGCAGUGAACUUGGCCCUUGGAUUAGCAGCAAAUGAUUCUAGUAAAUCGGUGGGACUACUGGAUGCAGAUAUUUAUGGUCCAUCGAUCCCCAAAAUGAUGAAUCUGAGAGGCAACCCAGAACUGACUGACAAAAACCUAAUGAGACCGCUGAUGAAUUAUGGUGUUCUUUGCAUGUCAAUGGGUUUUCUUGUUGAGGAGGGUGCACCUAUUGUGUGGAGAGGACUCAUGGUAAUGUCUGCGAUAGAGAGGUUAUUACGACAGGUAGAAUGGGGACAGCUGGACUAUCUGGUAAUAGACAUGCCUCCAGGUACAGGAGAUGUACAGCUGUCAGUCACUCAGAAUAUCCCAAUUUCAGGCGCUGUGAUCGUGUCAACUCCACAGGACAUCGCUCUACUGGAUGCGCGGAGAGGAGCAGAGAUGUUCAGAAAAGUCAAUGUGCCUGUUCUGGGUCUCGUCCAAAACAUGAGUGUGUUCCACUGUCCGAACUGCAACCACAAAACCCAUAUAUUUGGAGAAGAUGGGGCAACAGAGCUGGCAAACAGCCUCGGAGUCGAAGUCUUGGGAGAUAUCCCAUUACACAUUAAUAUAAGAGAGAUGUCAGAUAAAGGGCAGCCUGUGGUUGUGUCCAAGCCAGACAGUCCAGAGGCCAAAGCCUACCUAAAGGUUGCUGCUGAAGUCGUGAAACGACUGCCAGCUCCAUCGCCUGAGUGCCAGGAAUGCUGAAAUGUGAAAGUCUGGGCAGGAGCAGCCUUGUCAGUGCUGAGCAGCUUGUUCGGUGAUGGUGUGGACAUCAGACCCCUCUGAAAGUGAAUAGAACCAUCAUUUUACAUGCUUGUUUCUGUGUGGUGAUUCAUUGCGUUAUUUCUUUACUGUACACAAUGCUGUCAUGAAUAAAGUUCACUCUUGUUCUCUGUUA